AUGCUUCCACAAAGAAUGCCUGUAAAGUCAGAUGCAAGUAUAGUGAAAAUCGCCGUGAAGCCGUUAAGCACAGAGCCACAAUAUGUUCCACAAUUGAUUGAAUUUGAUCAACGACAACCAUUAACAUCAAUUAUUAAUGAAUUGUGUUUAAAUUGGAAUCUCACAAAUUGUGAAAAUUAUUCGCUUAAAUUUACUGACAGUUCAUUUGACGGAUAUGUCACAGAAAAGAAUCGUAGCGAUGUAAAAAAUGGUUUCGUAUUGAAACUCAAUUACAGAGAACGACUCGAAUUUGCAUUGAAAUCAUUCACUGAGUUGAUGGAUCAUGGAACUGUAUCGUGGGAAAUUCUGAGUGAAGCUUUUAUCAACCGGAACAUUGUUUUUAUUGAGCCACCGUAUCUCGCAAAAAGCAUAAUCGAGUCGUCACUCUCUAUUCUCGAGAAUAUUGUGCAAAACAGUUCGAAAUGUUUUAUCGUCGAACGUUCAGUCACUUUUGAGAAUCUUCUUAAACUACUUCGUGACACUUCACCAGUAAUUCAACAAAACACCAUUGCAUUAAUAAACGCACUUUUCAUUAAAGCAGACGAUUCGAAGAGAAAAGUCAUUGCAAAUACUUUCAGUACUAAACAAUAUCGAAGUGUCAUCUACGAGUGUGUCUUAAACGCAACAAUGGGAACAGAAAUGACACAUCAACUCAGCAUUCUUCAAUCGUUGACAUUGGGAAUGUUAGAGCCGCGAAUGAAUGAUAGAAGUGUCGAUCAAGAUGCACAAGAAAAGAUUAAAGAACUUCGUCGAAUUGCAUUUGAAGGUGAAGGAAGUGAUGGCACUGAUACAACCACUCGACGUCAAAAUAAUCCAGCACAACAUUAUAAGAAACUUGGUUUUAAAUGUGACAUCAAUCCGGCACAAGACUUCAUGGAAUCUUCAUUGCUUGCUCUUGAUUGCAUGAUUUAUUUUGCAAGAAAUUAUUCCCAAUUGUAUACGAAAGUUGUUCAUGAGAACAGUUGUCGUGCUGAUGAAUAUGAAUGUCCAUUUGGCAGAACAUCAAUCGAGUUAGUUAAAGUUCUCUGUGACAUUCUUAAAAUAGGUGAAUCGUCUGAUCAAAUGAAAGAUUUUCAUCCCAUGUUCUUCACACAUGAUCAUCCAUUUGAAGAAUUCUUUUGUAUCUGCAUUGUGGCAUUAAAUAAAACAUGGAAAGAUAUGCGAGCGACAAAUGAAGAUUUCUCAAAAGUUUUUGAUGUUGUACGCGAACAAAUUGUUCGUAAUCUCGCAGCACGUCCACGGGAUUUCGAAAGUUUUCGCCAAAAGAUGAAUGAGUUGAGUUAUUUUAAAAUCACAGAAAUGCGUCAACAAGAACGAACAGCAAGAGAAGAAUGUGAAUCAACAGCUUCAGCGAUUGUAACCUUGAAAGAGAAAAUCCGACCGGAAAUAAUUUUACUGAUAAAAGAACAACGAUUGGGAUAUCUCGUUGAAGGGACGAGAUUCUCAAAGUUUAUUCGUGGGACAAGAAGCAAAGAUAAAUUUUGGUAUGUUCGACUUUCACCAAAUCAUAAAAUUCUUCAUUAUGGUGAUUGUGAUGAGAAAACUGUUCCGUUGCAAGAAGAACUAAAAAGUGAGCUCCGUGUUAAUGAAAUGAAACAAUUGUUGGUGAACAAAGAAUGUCCACAUAUUAAAGAAAUGAAAGGAAGAAAACCAUCAACAUUGUUCAGCAUUGCUUAUGAUGAUAAUGGAGAGCAGAAAACUCUUGAUUUUGUCGCACCAGAUGACAUGACAUUCAAUUAUUGGAUUGAUGGAAUUGCAUGUCUUCUCGAUCAACAAAUGUUGAGCAAGCAAAUGGCGGAUGAUUUCGAGACACUUUUAUCUGUUGAAAUUAAAUUACGUCUAUUGGAUACCGAAGGCGUUGAUAUUUCAAAAGAACCACCACCAAUUCCAGAUAGCCCCGAAGAUUAUGAAUUUAAUUUUGAAGGGUAAACUUUCUCUCUAUCUAUGAAGUAUUGACCUUAAUGUUUGAGUAUUUUGUACGAAAAUUCAACUCUUCAUUUACAUAAGUAUCUUUGAUACCAAAGCGUUGACAAAAAAAUCUUAACACUCACUUAAAUAUCUUGACUAAAAAAUUUAUUAGAAUUCUGCCAAAUAUAAAUAGAUACCUACGAGAUUUCAUUUCCGAUAGGAAUCAAAGCAGAAAAGACAAAAAAUGAUUAACCGGAAGUUAAAUGAUUUGAAUGUACUUUUACGAUUUUCACGAAAUUCCAUUCAUAUACCUAGGUAGUUAAAGUGACAUUAAUAUUCAUGUAGCGUUCUUAAAAGUUUCAUUUAGGUUUGAGAGACAAAGUAUUCUUCUUUUUUUUAUGAAAACAAUCACCUUAAAAUUAAAUUGGAAUAAUAUAUAUCUUAUUGUAUUGUGCAAUUGUGAAAUAAAACAUAAUUUUGUGUAGUGAUUCUAGAGUAAUCGAUG